AUGGCUACUCCCACAGUAUCAACGCCCGUCAAGACCCAUACGGGGAUCUUCUCGACCAAGACCGCCGGAGGUCGGUUGCCUCUGACUCCCUCUCCCCGCGGACGGACAGGGAGCAUGGCGUCCAACAACUCCUCUCCGUUUACUCCUCCUCGUCAGCCAGAAGGUUCCAAGGAAUCUCACCGCUCGGUGUACGGUGGAAACCUUUCGUCACACUUCGCUAAGUCCAUGGCCCGAUCGUCCCGCGCCUACCGCGAGUCUCCCAAGUCCAAUAUUGCUCGGACCCGCAAGUCUCCUAAGCAUCUCGAGCUCGGUGUUUCAGACUGGUCGUUGACCGGUACUGGGCCCUCGUCUACACAGUCUCCGCCCAAAGAACGAGUCCGCAAAGAAGUGACCACUCGUACCAGAUCGGGCAAGACGACUGUUCGUAUUUCACACAACGCUGCGGACCGCUUCAUUCCCAACCGUGCAGCCAGCGAAGGUUUGAACACUGCGGGUGCCGCAAAGCCAGAGGAGAACCAGCGUCCCAAGACCAGUGGCAACGAGGGAUCGUCUGUCCUUGCGAAUGCAGCGAGCGCUUUUGACAUUGGUAGCCGGGGAUCCGACGAAGACCUCACCGCUGCCCUUGAGAACCUCGGUCUGGAUGACAAUGAACCUUCGACUUCCUACACCAAGCCUGCACCGGAUGCAGUCGCUUAUGAGUCUUCGUUGGCUGAUGCCUGUGGUGUUAAUUUGAAGACUCGCAUUCUUGCGUUCAAGCCUCCGCCUCCGGAGUCGUCCAAGCCAAUUGACCUGCGGGCUCAAUACAACCGUCCGCUGAAGCCGUCAAAAGCACCUGGUUCUCAGUUCCGUCGUCGCGUGCAAACCUCGCCGGAACGUGUGCUAGAUGCCCCGGAUCUCGUCGACGAUUACUAUCUGAAUCUACUCGACUGGAGCUCCGGAAAUCAGGUGGCUAUUGGUCUGGAACGCAGUGUUUUCGUCUGGUCGGCAGACACGGGAUCAGUCAACCGACUCUUGGAGACUUCCCCCGAUACCUACAUCAGCAGCGUGAAAUGGAGCGGCGACGGGGCCUACGUUGGCGUUGGCCUGGGAACUGGUGAAGUUCAGAUUUGGGAUGUGGAAGAAGGCACCAAGCUUCGAAGCAUGUUUGGACAUGACUCUCGGGUGGGUGUUAUGGGCUGGUCCAAGCAUAUCUUGUCUACCGGCGCUCGCAGUGGUCUUGUAUUCAACCACGAUGUCCGUGUUGCGCAGCACAAGGUUGCGGAGCUCGUCUCCCACACGUCUGAAGUCUGUGGGCUGGAGUGGAGACCGGAUGGAGCCCAGCUGGCUACUGGUGGCAACGACAACUUGGUCAACAUCUGGGAUGCUCGGUCUCUGAGUGCGCCCAAGUUCACCAAGACCAACCACCGUGCUGCCGUUAAGGCCCUCAGCUGGUGUCCCUGGCAGCUGAACCUGCUGGCUACGGGUGGAGGAUCGUACGAUCGCCACAUUCACUUCUGGAACACGACUACGGGCGCGCGGACGAACAGCAUUGAUACAGGAUCCCAAGUGACGAGUCUGCGGUGGAGCAACCACUACCGUGAGAUUGUCAGCUCUAGUGGUUUCCCCGACAACUCUCUGAGCAUUUGGAGUUACCCGACCCUAGUUCGCAACGUGGAGAUUCCCGCACACGAGACUCGUGUGUUGCACAGCUGCCUGAGCCCGGAUGGUCAGAUUCUGGCCACCGCUGCCGCUGAUGAGAGCUUGAAGUUCUGGAAGAUCUUUGAGCGCAAGCCCGGCACCACCGCGUCCGCAUCCCGCGAGGGAGGCGUGGGAAGCAAAGGCCAGAUGUCCAAGUCCAUGACGAUUCGGUGA